AUGAUCAUGAUCUCUCCUAACGCUGCAUGCUAUGCUGCAUUGUUCUCAUUAGCCGCCCCAAGCGUUCUUGGGGCCUACCACCAGCAUUUUACGACAGCGCCUGCGGGCUGGUCCAGGGCAGUAGUCCAGCCGCGCAGCGAGACCAAGAUAACUUUCACGCUCGCUCUGGCGAUGCAGAACAUUCAAAUGCUCGAGCCGCUGCUGUUCUGCACCUCAGACCCCCAUAGCUCGGACUAUGGCAAUUUUAAAGAUGCCCAGGAGCUGCAAUCGAUCUUCGGCCCUUCGACCGGUGCCGUCAACAACGUCACCGCCUGGCUGGAAGCGGGCGGAAUCUUCAACUAUCAGGUGGACGGUGCUUUCGUCGACUUCGUCACUGAUCUGACGACCGCCAAUAAUGUUUUCAAUGCAUCAUACCAACAUUACACCACUGAGAAUAUAACAAAGCUGCGGACUCUAUCGUACUCCAUUCCAGAUAACAUCCAAGAGCACGUUGUGCUCCUUGAACCCAGCACCUACUUUGGCAACACCAAAGCGUUUCAAUCAAAAGCGCAAGCGGCAACCUCAGUAAAGCACAGCGAACAGGCCCAGCAUAAAACAAGGACGAAUAUUUCAUGUGAGAACGGUAUGACGCCUGCGUGUCUAAAAGAGAUGUACAACAUCGGCAAUUAUUCUCCCGACAAAACAGCGGGAAGUCGUGCCGGCGUCGGUAGCUUCCUAGGGCAGUCGUCGCUCCGGGCCGACGUCGCUCAGUUCGAGGACUUUUUCGGUGUCGCGCGCCAGAAUGUCACCAAGGUGAUCAUAGCAGACGGCCCUGACGACCAAGACCCAGCCACACCGUUUCAUGAAGCAAAUCUUGAUGUCCAAAACAUGAUCGGCAUUGCUGCUCCCCUACCGAUAACCGAGUUUCUUACUGGGGGCUCGCCACCUUUUAUCCCAGGUAUCGAUUCUGAGGAGAACACUAAUGAGCCCUUCGUGCCCUUCUUCCGGUACUUGCUGUCAAGGCCCAACAGCGAGCUACCGCAAGUCAUCUCGUUAUCGUAUGGCGAGGCCGAAGACACUGUUCCCUAUGACUACGCCGUCCUAACCUGCUCCCUCAUUGCCCUUCAAGGUCUUCGCGGUAUCACGAUCAUCUCGGCUUCAGGCGACACUGGCGUUGGCGCCAGCUGCGUUGCCCCAGACAACAAGACUGCCGAGUUCAAUCCGGCCUUCCCCGCUACCUGCCCUUACAUUACCUCCGUUGGCGGCACUGUCGGUAGCUCUUCCCCGGAGGCUGCAUGGUCAGGCUCUUCGGGCGGCUUCAGCAAGUACUUCCCUCGCCCACUGUAUCAACAAGGGGCCAUCACGAGGUACUUGAAUCAGGUCGAUAGCGCGACCAUCAAGUACUACAGCCAGUACACUAACUUUAACGGGCGCGGCUUCCCCGAUGUAGCCGCGCACUCGGCGAUGUCGGGGUACAUGGGCUUUUACAACGGGCAGCGAGAUUACAACGGCGGCACCAGCGGAGCCACGCCGAUUUGGGCUGGCGUGGUCGCUCUACUUAACGACGCGCGCUUGCGCGCCGGCAAGUCCACACUGGGCUGGCUCAACCCACUGCUGUACACGGUCGGGCACGAAGCGCUGAAUGACAUCACGGCGGGAAAAAGCGUGGGGUGCAACGGCGUGAACGGUCGAUCCAGCGAGCCGGAGCCGGCUGGCGCGGGUAUCAUACCUAGAGCGUUCUGGAAUGCCACUCCGGGAUGGGAUCCAGUAACAGGCUUCGGGACACCGAACUUCGAUAAUUUAAAGACCCUGGUGUUGUCUCUCUAA